AUGGAAACCCCUUUGCAGCUGCAGAACGAUUUCUAUCCAGAGCAGCAGUUCCAGCACUGUAAGUACCAGCACUACUGCGGGCGGGAGGAUCGGCUCAGCAAGCAGCACGACCAAUGCUGCACCUGCAAUAACUGCACCUGUGAUGCGAGAAAAAGCCUCGUCUUUCGCGGGACGUCGCCGACCACUGUGGGAACUUUAAGGACACCUUCGGAAACGUCUUCGAGGCAAGGUUGCCAGUACAGCGUCUGCGAGUUCACACCCUCUAGUCAUGGUAGUUCAUCCAGACAUCAUCAUCCUCACCAUCAGCAGCAGCAUUGCCGUGAUCGGCAGCGGGGCAGCCUGGGCAGCAGCCACAAAGACAGUAACUCCUACAAUGAAAUAGCCAUGAGCAGCUGCAGAUACAACGGCGGCGUAAUGCGGCCGCUGAGCAACUUGAGCUCGUCCCGCAGAAACAUACACGAGUUUGAUUCCGAGUCCCAGCCUUUACAGCCCAUCUCAGCCGCAGAUGCGUCGGACACUCUAGUAUCCAAGCCGGAGAAUAAUUCCACCACCCUGAUGCCUUACGCAUCGGGAGACGGAGGGGGAGGCUGCAGCCACAGCGGCGGUAAAUCGGGUAAAAAGAAGAACCAGAACAUUGGGGAAAAGCUCGGGCACAGGAGGGCCCUGUUUGAGAAGAGGAAGCGGCUCAGCGACUAUGCUUUAAUCUUUGGGAUGUUUGGGAUCGUUGUUAUGGUUAUAGAGACUGAACUCUCAUGGGGAGCCUAUGGAAAGGAGUCCCUGUAUUCAUUAGCUCUAAAAUGCCUGAUAAGCCUUUCUACAAUCAUUCUCCUGGGGCUGAUUAUCAUAUACCAUGCGAGAGAGAUACAGUUAUUUAUGGUGGACAACGCAGCUGAUGACUGGAGGAUAGCCAUGACAUAUGAGCGCAUCUUCUUCAUCUGCCUGGAGAUCCUAGUGUGCGCCAUCCACCCCAUCCCAGGGAACUACACAUUCACCUGGACGGCACGCCUGGCCUACUCCUAUGUGCCAUCCAAGACGGAUGCGGAUGUGGACAUCAUCUUGUCCAUCCCCAUGUUCCUGCGGCUGUACCUCAUCGCUCGUGUCAUGCUGCUGCACAGCAAGCUCUUCACGGACGCAUCAUCCCGCAGCAUCGGUGCACUCAACAAGAUUAACUUCAACACACGCUUUGUGAUGAAGACCCUCAUGACCAUCUGUCCUGGCACUGUGCUGCUGGUCUUCACCAUCUCGCUGUGGAUCAUUGCUGCAUGGACUGUGAGAGCUUGCGAGAGGUACCAUGACAACCAGGACAUAACCAGCAACUUUCUAGGAGCCAUGUGGUUGAUCUCAAUCACAUUUCUUACCAUUGGAUAUGGGGAUAUGGUCCCAAACACAUACUGUGGGAAAGGAGUCUGCCUCCUGACUGGCAUUAUGGGUGCUGGCUGUACUGCUUUGGUGGUGGCUGUGGUGGCAAAGAAACUGGAAUUAACCAAAGCUGAAAAACAUGUCCACAAUUUUAUGAUGGACACCCAGCUAACAAAAAGAGUGAAAAACACAGCUGCGAAUGUUCUCAGGGAGACGUGGCUCAUCUACAAGAACACCAAACUGGUGAGGAAGAUGGACCACGCCAGAGUCAGGAAGCACCAGAGGAAAUUUCUCCAAGCCAUUCACCAAUUGAGAAGUGUUAAAAUGGAGCAACGCAAGCUGAAUGACCAAGCAAACUCACUAGUGGACCUUGCUAAGACUCAGAAUAUCAUGUAUGACAUGAUAUCGGACUUGAAUGAGAGAGGAGAGGACAUGGAGAAGAGGAUUGCCUUGCUGGAGACAAAGCUUGAGACUCUACUGAGUAACUUGCAGGCUCUGCCAGGACUCAUCAGCCAGGUCAUCAGCCAGCAGCACAGGGACUUCCUGGAGGUGCAGCUCCAGCCUUAUGACAAACACAGCCCUGAACGCUCACAGUCAGUGUCCCGACGGAGGUCGUCCUCCACAGCACCGCCCACCUCCUCCGAGAGCAGCUAG